UCAAUUUACGUUUGACUUAAAGGAGACGCAACGAUGCUCAUAAAAUGGCUGCUCACCGGGGCCGAUCCAAUAUGUAGAAUUUCUACCGCUUUAAGAAAGCAAAAAAUGUGACGUUAUAGCGGUUUAUUUGGGAAACGUUUUAAGUGUAUAAUGACCGUACGUAUGUGUGUAACUUCUGGCGACGAAAUUAGCGCGUCAACAGAAAGCACCAUACUGUUGGCGUACAGGCCUCCUACGUCUCGAUGUCUUUAUACAACGAAAUGUGCGUUUUUAAAGUAAGCCUGAAUUAUUGACUUUCUCCGGAGUUAUAGACAGGCUAAAGUGUCUUCUCUGCGAUGGAAUACCGAUUGAAGUGAGGAUGUAAAUAAAGACAAAUAGCUAGUCAAAUACCAGGCCGCAAAUCACUCCUCGGCCCCCAGUGCACCUGUCACCCCAAGAAAGAGACGACAGGAGCGGCAACUUGACUUCACAAGCACGGGGGUUCCUGUGGAGAUAGACGAUGGAGGAGAUAAAGACUGAAAAUUCAGAUACUUUUGCUAAUGUUGAGGAAGUGAAGCUGGAAAAAUUAGUAGUGGAAGAACCUGAUGGUCCAACCAAGAGAGGGCGCCGGAAAAAGGACGAUAAAACCCCAAGAAUGCCAACAAAAAGAAAGAAGCCCCCAGUGCAGUAUGUUCGCUGCGAAAUAGAAGGCUGCGGCACCGUUCUGGCUAGCCCUCGCUACUUGAAGCAUCACAUCAAAUACCAGCACUUGCUGAAAAAGAAGUAUGUGUGCCCUCAUCCUAAUUGUGGAACGCUGUUCCGCCUCCAGAAGCAGCUACUUCGUCAUGCAAAACACCACACAGACCAGGGAGACUACGUCUGCGAGUUCUGCGCUCGUACCUUCAAGAGCUCCCAUAAUUUGGCUGUGCAUCGCAUGAUCCACACAGGAGAGAAGCCCCUCCAAUGUGAGAUCUGUGGGUUCACCUGUCGCCAGAAGGCCUCCCUCAACUGGCACAUGAAGAAGCACGAUGCCGAUGCCGCCUAUCAGUUUCCCUGCUCCAUUUGUGGCAAGAAGUUUGAGAAGAAGGAUUGUGUGGCAGCUCAUAAAGCCAAGAGUCACGCGGUGAUGCUCAUAGCCGAAGCGCUCGCAGACAACGCAGGGACCCUUAUUACAAAUCCUUCAUCCUUGCUGGAGCUGCCCAGAGAACCCGUGCAGCCAGAGGUGACCAGCAUGGAGAUGAACAAAGUGGGUCACGAGGACCAAGUACAACAAGUGGUAAUCAAGGAAGAACAUGCGGAACAUCAAGUGGCUCAGGAGUCCCAGCAAGAUCACCAGGUAGUUCUGGUGGGACAAGACCAGACCUUGCCAGUGACACCCACUCUUGUGCGGACAAGCAGCAGCAGUGACACCUUCAGCUCCAGAUUCCCAUCCAGUUCAUUCAGCAGCCCCAACAACUUAUCCUGACCCAGCACCAGGCCCGACCUCCUCGGUCCCGUAGGGCCCUAUGAUUUCCGUGUUCAAUUUAACAUGGCAUCUCGCCAAAAUUGACAUAAUGUGAAUUAAUUUUGUCAUUGUGAGGAGAAGAAACAUUCAACAUUAACAGCGACUUUAACUUGUUGAAAUGGUGAUAAACUUCGGCAAAGGUUGGUGAAAUCGUCUCUUAUAGGACAUAAAUGGAAACUAGCCGGGGUUAGCUUAGUUUAGCACGCUUGUGUGGUUGUGUGUGUGUGGACAACUCGAUGAGUAUAUUGUCACCAUGUUGUGUUUUACAGUUGCGCUAUUUUUGGACAGUCCCGCCCCACUAUUACACUGGACUAGUAUUUGAGAAACUCUACUUCCUUAAUCACCAGUUUGUGACAGUUUGUUGGAGAUUUAGUUGCAAUGUGUAUUGCAUCAAUUUGCAUCAAAUGUAAGGAAUUUUGCCUUUCAUUAGUGGACAUUUUAUACACUAACCCAAAAAAGAACAACCACUAGGCUGGUAAUAAGUGUAAAAUACAAAAAAACAGAAUUCUAAAAAAAAUUUAAAUGAAAAAAGACAACAAAAAACAGAAUUCUUAAAAAAAUUGAAACAAAAAAGAAAACAAAUAAAACUGAAUUCAUAGGGCCCCAGUCCCACAACACCUUAAAGGUACAUUAACCAGUAUUUAUGAAGAGAAUACAUUUAACGUAGUUGUCUAUUUUAGGGGAUAACCUUUUCAUGUAAACUAGGGAAAGAAUAAAGCAUACCACUGAAGCUCCUUUUACAUAUUACUAAUGUUUUAGUACAUUAAGUAUACUCGUCUGUAUCUGAUUGGUACUUAUUUGGCUCACUUAUCUGUGUUGUGCUUCCUUUCAAAUAAACAUUGGCCCAGGAAUUAGCUUGUUUCAUUGUCACUCCGAACCUCGUUGUUACUGAUAUUAGAUUUUUUUAUUUAUAGUAUAUUAGUGCAUCAAUGGCUUGAGCAAAUUUAUUUCAAUAAUUAUGUAACAAUUUUUUUUACCAUCAUUCAAGCAACAUCUUUCUGUUAUGACGGCAGAUGGAGUCACAAUAACAUCCCCAAAGAGUCUGCCGCUUCAAUAACUACUCCAACUCACUUAAUUUCAGCAGUUAAAAGCAUUAUGAAUAUGUAUUAUGUGACUCGGUCAAAUAAAGUCUGCCAGUGCUAAACCGCAA